AGAAUAUUCAUUCUGGUCAAAAUAUGAUUCAAUUGUAUUCAAUAGGAGUUUACGAUUAAAAGAUUCAUUUCAUAAUUUUAGAAAUCAAAUCUAUUCAGAUUCAUGUAUUGAGGAUAAUUUGAAAAAAUGGAAAUGUUGUGAACAACCUAAUCAUCCAAGUUGUUCUACAUUACCAUCGAAAACAAAAGCUAUUGAAACUAUGCUAAGUGAUCCACAAACUGAUAUUAGUUUAGUAUUUGCUUAUCUAUGGUGUACAAAAGUAUGGGCAAAUUUUCACACAUUUAAUGGUACACAACAAAGAGAUUUUCUCGAGGAUAUAGAAACAGGCUGUCCAAAUCCAUGUCUUGGAAAUCCAUGUAAAAAUACUCAAGGUGUAAAGAAUCAUAUUUGUCAAGUUACAGGAACUUUUGAGAAUGAAUAUCAAUGUCAUUGUAAAGAAGAAAUGAUUUGGGAUAAAGAUUUAAGAAUAUGUCUCCCAAUAAAUCCAUGUGAUAGAAAAAGAUUUCAAGUGUGUAUACCUGAAAAUACCCUUCAAUGUAUUGCUUAUAAUAGUUCUGAAUAUGAAUGUAUUUGUAAAUCAGAAUAUAUGGGAAUUGAUUGUUCAUUACCACGUGAUGCAUGUUAUGAACGAGUAGAUAAAUCACAGUCCAACGGAAAUUUGAACUGUCAAAUUCAUCUAGGAAAUAUAUGUCAACCUAUUUUAGGAACAGAUUAUUAUCAAUGUAUAUGUUUAGAAAGCUAUCAAUCUUUAUUGUAUACUUCUGAACCAAAUUGUUUUGGAAGAAUCAAUCCUUGCCAUACAAUACAUAUAACUGAUCUACUGAUCGAUUCAAGUUUAAAUGAUGAAAAGAAAAAUUUCCAAAUAGUUCCAAAUAAAAACCAAUAUAUCUACCCUAGUACUGUUAUAUAUUGGGGUUUAACUUGCCUUAAUGGUGGUCAGUGUGUUGCUUCAGAAGAUUUCACACAUGCUGCUUGUGUUUGUCCCACUGCUCCAGACGGUUCAUUAUUAUAUACUGGAUUGAACUGUGAAUAUUCCAUUGGAAUUUGGUCAUCUUGGACACUACCUUCACCGUGCUUUCCAGAAGAUUGUGGUUUGUCACGUUAUCGUUGGAGAAGGAGACAAUGUUUGAACAAUACCAUCGAUGAUAAUAUGAUUUUCCAUUCUUCUAAUUCGUCAGCUAAAUUAAAUGACAUUGACACCUUAAAAAGAAGGAUGCCACUUCCUUGUCCAGGAGCUUCAGAAGAAACAUAAAUAUUAGUACAAAGAAGCGCCGGAUAUAUAUACGCUACACAAGUCACUCGAUUUGCAUGUGGACUGUGAUACUGCACGGGUGCCCAGACCCAAACAGGCGGUUUUCUUAUGGAGC